CUUACGUCAGCAGUGUCUGUGGAGGACUGCAGAGCGGACGGAGAGCCGCACUGCACGCUGAUAAGCCAGGACAGGGCGAGGCGGCGGUCCCGGUGUAUGCCCCCAUCCAUCAUCGCUAUGGGAAUUACCACAGCGUUGUCUGUGAAGCAGACCCUCACCUCGCAUCUAAAACCGGUUCACCUGGAGACACAGACUAUAAAACACUGCAGUGGAGACUGUCGCUGCUCAGAGCCGGGCUCAGCUUCUCUCCUCCGGUAAACUGAGGAGGACGAUGAUGAUGAUGAUGAUGACUAACAUCUAUAGAUGAGAGGUCUCAGGCCGUGACCUUGGACCUCUGCUCGACCUUCAUCUGUAUACUCUAAAUGAGGACCAUGCCUGCCAUGUGUGUAUCCGCAGUGCUCUUAUGUACAGUUGUGGUUGAUAUCUCAGCUCGGGUUUUGACCACAUCCAGCACAGAUGACCAGCCCAUUCUUUCUCAACGGCACUAUCAGCACACCGACCAAGACACGGGCACCCAGCUGGUCUGUGAUAAGUGCCCGGCUGGCACCUAUGUCUCCAUCCACUGCUCUCCAACUUCUGUGAGGGAAUGCAGCCCCUGUCCCAAAGGCACCUUCACACGGGGAGAGAAUGGAGUUCAGCAAUGCCAUCGCUGCAGGAGUCCUUGCCCAGCUGGCUUUAUUGAGAAAACGCCUUGCACAGCCACCCAGGAUCGAAUCUGCACAUGCCCACCCAAUACAUUCCUGUCAGGGGAUGGUGCUGCUGUGUGCAAGCCCCACUCCUUGUGCCCCCCAGGCAAGAGGGUGAAAAAGCAGGGCAGUGAGAAAAAGGACGUGGUCUGUAAGCAGUGCUCUGAGGGAACUUUUUCAGAUGUGAAAUCAAGUGCAACACAGUGCAGAAAUCACACAGACUGCCAGGUUCAGGGGCUGGUGCUGCUCUCACCAGGGACUAGAGAGAAAGAUAAUAUCUGUGGACCCCUUUCUACAGCUCCAUCCUCUGCCUCCACCACCGCUUCAGGUGGCUCAGGACUUGUACAGGAACCCAUUAUUUCUUCAAUCUUUCCAGCACCCCUGGCUGGACCUGCACAAAAAGGUACCCACAGCCAGUCAGCAGCCAUUCAGCUGAAAGAACCCCAGGGUGGAAAAAGCCAGCGAGCAGAAGAGCCCCUCCGAAGCCAUCCCGGCACUCUCACCCCACCAAAUUGGACUCCUGUUCUCCCAGCUCAUGAGGAACCAAUGGACCAUGAGUUGCAGAGGGGGCAACUGAAUUCUGAACCAAACCCAGGGCCUAACAAGAGGGCAAUGGAAGAUCUGGAGACUGAAGAAAUAGUCAAGGUUGAAACAAGCAUAAGAAAGAUUAAUGGACAAGAUAGCGCAGGUGGGGCCUCCAGCUCCUACAGGCCAACUCGCAGGGGAUUCCCAAGACUAAGCGCCCAUAAUCACUUUGACAUAAACGAGCACCUGCCCUGGAUGAUUGUACUGCUGCUGCUGCUGGUGCUGGUGGUGAUCGUAGUGUGUAGUGUGAAGCAGAGCUCUCAGGUGUUGAAGAAGGGACCAAUGCAGGACCCGAGCAGCAUCAUGGAGAAGGCAAUUCAAAAGAAACCCCCUGCACCACUAACUCAAGUCCGAGAGAAGUGGAUCUACUAUGCCAACGGACAAG